AUGACAAGCGACCCGUCUUGAUCACAACAAAAACACGUGCGUUGAUCGACCCUCCCGCUGCAUGUGGUUGUGUGUGGCCUUAUUGAGUUCUUUAACUCCGGCGACGCUGCUUUAUCCAACGAUACGUUCUUCUGCGUCUCAUGGUUACACUUGAAUAGAACGGUAUGCCUCCCAAAGGGAAGUCUUCCAAGGCAGACUGGCAGCAGUGCACGUCAUGUGGCGUCAUCCUGGCUACGAAAGACGUUACACUUCACGAACACUGUUGCUCAAAGUUGAGCGGUGAUGAUGAUCCAAAGCACGAUUUUAUAAGAGACUGCGUUCUACACGGCACACUGCAAGCACUACCCGCGGACGAUACGGCUGGCUUGUCCAAUUCGACGAAAUCCCAGCUCCUCUACCUAAAUCCCUCAUGCAUGAGGAUGUGCGACAUCGGCAUAAAAGAUGUGGUGGAGCUCUGUGAAGACGGAGAAAGGCACUUGCUUGUGGCAUGGCCUUCUCGGAAUAUUGGCCUCACCGGAGUCUCCAUCCACAGGCAGCCUAAACCGAGCGUGCCGAGAAAAGUGACUGUGGCAAAGCACUCUGACUGCAUCGUUGGAGCAAGCUCCGUAACAUUGAUGCCGGAUGAGAAGUUGCAGCAAGUUUCCGUACUCGAGCUGCAGAGAUGCAUUCUUCAACAAAAUUUGGGUGUCUUCGUGAGGACCGGAUCGAAACUGCAGUGCCGUGUCUACGGUCACGACCUGCGGUUUACCGUGCUGUCCGCAAAAGGCGAAGGAGGACUUUCGUCGGGUGACCUGCUUCGCUCGUCGUCGGUUGAUGGUGAUGAUCUCGAAGAGAAGCUACAGCACCUCACCGUUAGCGAAGGACACAGUAGCCCCAGUGCUUCAAAAACUCCAAGGCCGUCGUCCGCUCAAGUUCAUUCAACACCGCCACAGAGGAUGCCACUAACCCCGAGCAGGCAAGGCCCGGCUGCAUUCAAUACUCCAAAGGCACCUGAAGGGAGGGCGGGGUCUCGCAUUUCGUUGGCGGUUUUUCACCGCAUCACGAUCGGCACGGAAGUCACCGUCAUGGAGGAGGGCAGCGUGGGGCCGGAGGUGUCCCAUAGGGCGGGGUACGACCAGAUCGGAGGGCUGGACAGGGAGAUCCAGCAGCUGCGAGAGCUGGUCGAGGUGCCUGCCAGGCACCCUGCCACCUUCUCACGUUUCGGCCUGAAGCCUCCCAGGGGAGCACUACUGUUUGGGCCGCCUGGCACGGGAAAGACCUUGCUUGCACGGGCGGUUGCAGCCGAAUCGGGAGCAAGUCUUGUGGUGCUUGAUGGGCCGCAGGUCUUCAGCAAGUACUAUGGGGAAACGGAAGCUGCUCUGAGAAACGUCUUCAAGGACGCAGUCGAGAGGGCACCAAGCGUCCUCUUUGUGGACGAGAUCGACGCCCUGUGUCCCAAGCGUGAAGCCGGCACAUCCAGCCAGGAAGCUAGGGCGGUGUCGACCUUGGUGGCAUUGCUGGACAAUUUGCCGUCAAUGCAAGAGAAGUGGGUGCUAGUUCUGGGCGCCACUAACCGACCCAACAACGUGGAUCCGUCGCUGCGCCAGCCUGGCCGCCUCGACAGGGAACUCGAGAUUGGAGUGCCCACGGCGUCGGGACGACUUCAGGUCCUGCUUUUUGGCGCGGGGAAAAGCCACGAGCCUUCGGUGAUUCCUUCGCCGAUCAUUUUUUCCGCGUCCGACACGGGCAUAGUGUCUUUUGCCCCGUCAUCGUCAUGCUACAUCCGCCACGGCGAGACAUCGAUCGCCGAUGACACGUCUUUCGACCACGUUACAAGGCUGCACCAAUCAUCUUCAAGAACUGCCACGCCCCUGGGUGUCUUAAAAGACUGGAACGGACUUCACUGUGCUAGUGGUGGGCACGUUACGCUUUGCAGCAGCAUGUCUAACCCGCUCGUCUUCGCCUGUUUACAGGUCCUGCUUUUUGGCGCGGGGAAAAGCCACGAGCCUUCGGUGAUUCCUUCGCCGAUCAUUUUUUCCGCGUCCGACACGGGCAUAGUGUCUUUUGCCCCGUCAUCGUCAUGCUACAUCCGCCACGGCGAGACAUCGAUCGCCGAUGACACGUCUUUCGACCACGUUACAAGGCUGCACCAAUCAUCUUCAAGAACUGCCACGCCCCUGGGUGUCUUAAAAGACUGGAACGGACUUCACUGUGCUAGUGGUGGGCACGGUACGCUUUGCGGCAGCAUGUCUAACCCGCUCGUCUUCGCCUGUUUACAGGUCCUGCUUUUUGGCGCGGGGAAAAGCCACGAGCCUUCGGUGAUUCCUUUGCCGAUCAUUUUUUCCGCGUCCGACACGGGCAUAGUGUCUUUUGCCCCGUCAUCGUCAUGCUACAUCCGCCACGGCGAGACAUCGAUCGCCGAUGACACGUCUUUCGACCACGUUACAAGGCUGCACCAAUCAUCUUCAAGAACUGCCACGCCCCUGGGUGUCUUAAAAGACUGGAACGGACUUCACUGUGCUAGUGGUGGGCACGGUACGCUUUGCGGCAGCAUGUCUAACCCGCUCGUCUUCGCCUGUUUACAGAUCCUCCGCAAGAUCCUUGGCAACGUGAGGCACUCACUGAGCGAUGAGGACAUUGUAGAGACGGCGGAUGCGGCUCACGGCCUCACGGGAGCCGACUUGGCAGCCAUGUGCGCCGAGGCUGCGCUACACUCUCUGGAUAGACAUCUGAAAGACCCCACUGCGACGGACGCCGUCUUGAGUCAUGAAGUCGAGCUCAACAUGGCAGACGUGGCGGCUGCCCUCAAGCGUACCAAGCCCAGUGCCAUGCGCGAGGUCUCCCUCGAGAUACCCAAGGUUCGCUGGAGCGACAUUGGAGGCAUGGAGGAGGUGAAGCUGAAGCUGCGGCAGGCGGUGGAGUGGCCCUGGAAGCACAGGGAAGCCUUUGAGAGGCUGGGGGCCACUCCUCCGCACGGACUACUCCUCUACGGACCCCCAGGCUGCUCCAAGACCAUGGUGGCCAAGGCACUGGCCACUGAGAGCGGACUCAACUUCAUCGCCAUCAAGGGACCCGAGUUGUUCAGCAAGUGGGUUGGAGAUUCGGAACGAGCCGUGCGUGAACUCUUCCGCAAAGCCAGGACAGCUGCGCCCUGCAUAAUCUUCUUCGACGAAAUCGACGCCUUGGCAGCACACAGGGGAAGCACAAGCGGAAGCAGCAACGUGGGCGAUCGCGUCAUCGCCCAGCUACUGGCCGAGAUGGACGGCAUCGAAGCACUUCAGGACGUCGUUCUGGUGGCUGCCACAAACCGCCCAGACAUGAUUGACCAGGCCUUGAUGCGGCCCGGACGACUGGACAGCAUUGUCUAUGUGCCGCUGCCAGACUUGGACACGCGAAGAGAGAUCCUGCGUAUCAACUUGUCCAAGCGGCCGCUUGGCGACAGUGUAUCUUUGGAUGACCUGGCUCGCAAGACUGAAGGAUACUCGGGCGCAGAGGUGGUGGCCGUGUGUCAGGAGGCUGCGCUGAUCGCGCUGGAGGAAGACAUCGAGGCCAGGCACAUCACGGCACUGCACCUGGAGGCCGCACUGCAGCUCGUCCGGCCACGCAUCUCGCAGGAAACGGUCCAGUACUACGAGUCCUACUGGGCAUCUACGGGAAAGGGCCGACACUCUCGGCCGGGACUCGGAUGACCUCAUCUCGUGCCAACGCAUCGUACCAUCGGAGAACAGUUUUUUGUGGGAACACAAUGAACAAAGUUGUUCUGACUUGGGCA